AUGUCAAUAUUAGGUCAAGAAGCACCGGAAGGUAUUAGUAUUGUUACUACGGCGAAUAGUGCUGCAACAUCUAUAAUACAUAAAGCCAGUUCCACAGUUAUAAGUAUACAAACUGAUUCAAAUGGAUGUGUUAUAUGUGAAGGUACUGUGAAUUGUCCUGAUUGUGCAGAUGAUGAAUAUUGUGUAAUGACUUCUUUGACAUGUACCUCCUGUCCUUAUACAUAUUGUGUUUCAAAAAAUGACGGUGCAAUAAGUGGUGUAUUAACUAAUUCCACUCUGGGGAAUGGGACCACAGGAGGACUCAAUUUUAGUGACCUUAAUAAAAACUCUACAUCCCAUUAUGGAACCAUUCAUAAGAUUCAAGGUGCUGUGGUUGGUAGUGUUAUUGGGUUUGUCUGUAUUAUGUUAAUUAUUUGGUACAGUUUUUAUUGGAGAAAGAAAAAAAGAUUGGCUAAAGCUAGAGAGCUUGCAGACAAGACAUAUAACACAAACGACGUUGAUGUUUUAGAAUUAGCUGAUAUUGAUGAGGACGAUAUAUAUGAUUCCGAUGACGAUAUAGAUGAAUUUGAAGAAGAUAUGACAAAUAAUGUCAAUACCAGCAACAAUAAUACGAAUAAUAAUAAUAACGCCUGGAAUAGCAAUAGAAACAGCAAUCAUAAUGGUAGUAUAAUGACACCAUCUCAACGAUUACAAUAUAUCAAUGAGAUCAGAUCAAUUAAACACCGUAAUCUUAGGAAUGAAACAAAUAACCUAUCCAUAAUAGAUAAUAGGGCUAGUAGCGCAUCCAAUAUUUUACCUAUUGGAUAUAUUCCUGGUGUAACAAACACCAGCACUAUGAGUAGUGGGAUAAUGAAAAAUCAUAAUCCACUAAAAAAUAUUAAUAGCAAGAGCCAUUUGAGUGCCUAUAAUAAUCAUUUGAAUAUAGUGGGAGAUAUAAGAUCCCAUAUUACUUUAGGAUCAUCCAUUUUGGAAGACAUUUCUGAAGAUAUAGAAGAUAAUACCAGUACUUAUAUCAAUAAUUUACAAUCUCCUCCGAAUACAACAGACACUAUAAAAGGCUCUUCGGGCUUUUCUUUGACUACAGCUAUUAAGGGAAGACCAAAAUUGGUUCAGAUUAAUGAAUCAAAGGAAAUAGAAGGUUAUGAGGAUGCAGACCCUGACAACGAGAGUAUAGGGGGAAAAAACCAAAAUAACAAGAGUAUCAAUGACAAUAUUACUAGUGAUAGAUAUAGUAUGAGAAGUGAUAUCACUGGAACUGGAUCAUACAUAUUAGAUUUUGAAAUUAAUCCACUGGACACAAAAUUACAGCCACCAAUACCUGCAGCCAAUAAAAACAAUAUUACAAAUAAACUCUCUACAAUAAAUGAUUUAAAAAGAUCUUCUAAAGUUACUAUUCCUCUAAGGAACAACAGGAAUAGCAUAGAUGAUUCAGAAGAUAUAUCUAUUACCACUUCUGACAUGGUCACAAUCGAUACCAAAGCUGUUGACAACCCAAUGGAGGGUAACUCAAUAAAUCAACAAGAACAAGGUGAUAACAUUUUUAGUGAUAAGUAUGAAAUUAUAUAG